UUGAAGAUGAUUUCACAACAAAAAACAAACCUCAGAAUAGGGAGAGAGAGAGAGAGAAAAAGAACCAAUUACCCACCAUGUCUGAUAUUGCCAUGCUGGUAGCGGAGGAAUACGAGAGGAGGACCAAACGUUUCAGGAAAGGAGAAGAAGCUUUUCCAGCCACCAAAUUUCACACCGUUUCUUUUUCUUCUUCUUCUUCUUCCAUGGACAAAAUUCAGGUGCAGAAGGAAGAGUUUAUGAAACGGAUUUGGGAACCCAAAACCCAAAUCGCCAUUGCUGCUUCUAACAGUUUCUUCUCUGCUUGAAUUCCGAUUCCACCAUGCCUCUUUCCUUCUCAAGUUGGUCAUUUCUGCUUUUUCUAAUCUUCCUUUCUUUUUCUUUGACUUGCUGUGCAUAAUUGUAUAUUGUAUGGAAUUAAAGGGAAUUCUUCUUCCCCCUUUGAAA